AUGAGCGCGUCAGGUGCAGCAUCAUCAAGCACUAAGAAGCGCAAAUCUAUAGAUAAUGAGUAUGAAUACGAAAGUUACUUCGAUCAAAAAGAAAAGGAGGAGGAGCAGCUAGCAGAGCAGCGCAAACGACGACGAGAACGACUUGCACAGGUCGCGUUGGAGAACCAAGCGGUCAAGGCGGGACCGACCCCUUCUACUGAGCGAAAUGACAUCGAAAUGGGCACGAGAGAAGUGCCUGCAAUUACUCCGUCUGAGCAGUUUACAGAAUCACACCAGAUGGCUCAGCCUGAACGGAGCGAGGCAGAGCUGGACGACAUGUUUGAUUUGGAGAAUCCAUCAUUCCUAGAAUCUAAACAAUCGACAGUCACAAAGGAUCCAGUGACGAGUGUGGAAAAAGCUUCAUUGUAUCACAUGAAUUCUUCUGCAAUUGGGCUGCACGACAACUGGGAUGAUCCGGACGGUUACUAUCGCGUGAUGUUGGGAGAAAAGCUCCAGAGCAGAUACCAGAUUUUUUCCAUUCUAGGACGUGGUAUUUUUGCAACGGUAGUGCGUGCAAAAGAUCUGGCACAAAAUGGGCGUGAAGUGGCGAUCAAAAUUGCUCGAAGGCAAGAGACAAUGUACAAAGCGGGAAUGAAAGAAAUCCACAUCUUGCGACUCUUGUCAGAUGCCGAUCCUGACAACAAAAUGUUUAUUGUCCAUUUUUAUGCACAUUUUGAACAUCGUGGGCACCUAUGCAUGGUAUUUGAGUCGUUGGGUCUGAACCUGCGGGAAAUUGUCAAGCGUUUCGGAAAGGAUGUGGGUCUGAACCUACAUGCGGUAAAGACAUACACAAAACAAAUGCUCCUUGCACUUGCAUUGCUCAAAGCGGAGAACAUUGUGCAUGCAGACAUUAAGCCCGACAAUGUUCUUGUAAACGAUGCCAAAACAAUCGCAAAACUCGCAGAUUUUGGUUCCGCGGCAAGCACGACGAGUAUGGACAUUACACCCUACUUGGUGAGUCGGUUUUACAGAGCCCCUGAAAUCAGUACGUGUCUACAAAAUAGUAAAGGCAUAUACUUCAUGCGUCUUUUCAUUUUCUAUCGCAUUCAUGUAUCUACUCACACAUGUGGCAGUUUUGGGACAGCCAGCCGGAUGCGAGGUGGACAUGUGGUCAAUGGGCUGUACGAUCUAUGA